GUCAUACGACGGCCGUGCAACCUACAUCAAAAACAACUAAAAUAAAAAUACAGACACACAAUGAGCACAGCUCAAUAAAAAGUUCUUCGAGUCGAGAAUUUGUUGUAGCCCUCCGACGACUAAAAAGCGAAUCAGCGACAAAGCGAACCAAAUUGCGAGUAUUUAUAAUGAAAAGUGAAAAGAAGGAAAACCCAGCAGCCACCGGCAAGGUGCCUAGCGACAAAGAAAAAGUAAGCAGGUUAGAGGCCAGGAGACGGGAACAACAGCAGAUCCAUCGACAACGCAUUCAACAGCGACAGAUCCAGCAGCAGAAGAGAACAGGCUUUAAAGACCCCAUCAGAGAUAGAAGGCAGACCCAAUACAAAGCAUGUGGCGAUGCCAAGGCGAAGCUUAUCACAGACCAAGGACUACACCUAGACGCAGAGUGCGGAUGUCGCCAGCAGCAGCUUCAGCGUCGGCAACAAUUGCAGUUAGCACAGGCUAUAGCUGAAGCCGAAGCUCUGAAACACAAUUCCCAAAAUAAUCAAAAAGUAAAUGUUAUUCAACGAGUGAAUGGGACUGGGACCGAGACCGAGAAUGAAGGUGUGCUGCGCGCGCAACUGGAGAGAAUAGCUCAGCUGCCACCAGACGAAUUCGCAACACAAUUCCGCAAUUGGAUGGACGAGGAGGACAUUGCUCGGGAGCUGCAUGCACAUUUGCGUGCAGAUCUGAUAGCCUCGUUUAACAACACCACACUGGGUCAGCACAUGCACAUGCUGAGACACGCCUUCGCUGUGAAAAACAAACAAGGACUGCUGCUCUCACCUCUUUCGCUUUCACUGUUCACGCUUGUCGCCGAAUUCCUGUACGCUCAAAAUUGUCAUUUUACGCUUUCCGUGUUCUGCAGUGAAACACCCUAUCGCCAAACGAUGCCCGAUUUUGAUGGCCGGAAUGGGUUUCGUUUUGGCGAUGUGGAGAUGCAGGAAGUACUGGCCGCCGUCAUGGGUUUCAAUACGGAGACGGAGCCGCUGGAAAAACUGCGGCAAUCAGUGCAGCACAACUAUCAGGAAUAUCAUCAGUCUAUGCUAUUUGCUUUGCUGAAAUCACUUGUCGAUAUUUAUCAUUUUAAGCAUCCGACUCCCCUAUCUGUAACGCAUAUCGGCACUAUGACCGAGAUAAACCAGGUGGACGCUCAAGUAGAGGCUGUAGUGGAGGUUAGUGUGUGCUGCCAGGAAACACAAACAGCACCUUUAACCUCUCUGCCUUGCGAGCCGGCUGAAGGUAGCAAUGGUCAGGCUGAGAACCUUGUUUUGGAUGCCGAUGGUCGCACUGUGCUCUGUGGACCACGCGUUACGCAAUCGGUGCAUCAUGUCCAAAACCAUUUGACCUCUCUGGUGGGGGAGAUAAACAAACUCGCUAAAUGCUGUUUUCCACCCGUAGAGGUCAUUAGCCGUGCCAACUUCAACCGCCUUAUGGAGGAAGAGCUACGAGAGCGAGAGCGCCUAUAUCGCCUAGGUAAGAAGCUGCCAGAGGCGGAGUUGGCGCUGCCGUCCAAUAUAGCGCCAGCGAAGCCUGUCAUCCCUCCCGCCAUCGGUGGUUACGUGCAGUCUCCAGCGGGUCCCAUCAAGGUCCCAGCACAGGCGGUCAAUGUGCCUCGGCUACCCAAUCUACAUGCUGAGCAGGUUGCGACGCUGGUUAUGGUGCGUCAGCUUUACAAUCAACAACAGAGACAAUUACGAAAUCCACCCACCAAAAUAUGUACAGCACUGGAUAAAGUGGAGCUACUGAUCGUGGAGGUGUCCACAUGUCUGCAAGCGCUUAAUAAUGUGCUAAACCUAGCCAUGGAACAGGAGCAUGAAGUGGGCCUCAACAAAGGCUUUAAGGCGGGAUACAAGGAGGGUUUUGCCCAUGGCCAUUAUAUGGGUGAGCAGGAGGGACGACAACUGGCAGAGAAAAACUUAGCACCAAAGCCAAAGCCACUCACCAGUGAGGCGGCUGUGCAGGCAAACACGAAGCCGAAAGUGAACAGAGUGCGGGUGCAAGCAAUUAAGUGUCAUGUGGGCACAAGCAUGGAGAGUAUUAAGAUGCAGAUGGUACACACUCAAACAGAACCAGAGCCUCCACCACCAUCGCCGAAGGAGAAGACCUACGAGGAAUGGAUCUACGAGAUGCUUAACACUACUAGUGGCCAAAUGUUUCUGGAGCGCGUUGAAUUAUCGUUGAAUAAGGCACUUGAGCUGCAAAAACAGCGGUUGGACCAGCUUUAUGAUAUCAAAUUGCGCCAUCAAAGCGAGAUGCUUCGACUGGGUCAGCGGCAGGUCUCAUGGCGUGCCUUGUGCCGACGAGUCGAACGCGACUCCUCCGGUGAGGCGCGUGAUUUGGUACAUAAAAUCUCCCGUUUGCUUGAGCAUUACGAGGUUCAUCAGAAAAAUUUGAGUAACAAAAUGCAAGCCACAGAAGAAGCGGCACAGCGAGCGGCACGGGUACAGCCCUUGUGGGAUCAGUCUGUCUUGUCAACGGCCCCUCCGACGUCGGCGGCUAGUUCUACUACUGUGACUAGUGCAGCCACAACGCCACGACCGACAAUAAAGCCGCCCGGAAAACAUUUUUGGAGUCAUCAAGAACACAUGCAACCACCACCCCAGCUAACAAAACAAUCAUCUUUGUAUCAAGCAUCUCAAUACCAAGCAUCUCAAUAUCAAGCACCGCAAUAUCAAACACCGCAGUAUCAAAUUCCUCAAUAUCGAACCCCUCAGCCCCAAGCACCUCAACACCAAGCACUUCAACCCCAAGUACCUCAACCCCAAGCAUCGCAACCUCUAAACCUUCAACCUCAAGGGCUAGUACAGCCUCAAGGGCUAGUACAGCCUCAAGGGCUAGUAAUGCCUCAAGGGCUAGUACAGCCUCAAGGGCUAGUACAGCCUCAAGGGCUAGUACAGCCUCAGGGAUCAGGACAGCCCCAGGAAUCACUGCCAGCUCAAGAGCUCCCGCCACUUUAUGUGCAACCUCAAGCAGCACCGCAGCCUGAAGUAAUACCUCAACCUCAAGUAGCACCGCAACAUCAAACUCCACCGCAGCAUCAAGCGCCACUGGAACCUCAACCGGCGGCGCGUUCUCAAGCACCAUCUGCUUCACCUUCAGUAGUCGCCACCCAGACCACCAUGGGGUCCUCCAAGCCCUUGAUGCACACGGUGGCGACGAACACAAUGCACUCCUUGCAAGUUUCUCGUGAUCAGAAGAAAGUUGAGGGUCACACCAGCUUCGAAGAUGUGCUGCUUAGCGCUAAAAACCGUAUGCUGGAGUUGGAGCAGGAAAGCAAUCUGCUGGAGGAGAGCUUUUUCAGUUAUUUAGAACAUGCCCAUGAUGAGAAGCAAGAGGCUACUAAGCGAACUACCGCACAAUGUGAACAACUCAACGAGACACUGAUCAGCUUUCGGCAAUGGCAUCGUCGCAUUCGAAGUAACGACAACGUUGAUGACGAAGUCAGGAAGAUUGAAAAGCGGGUGAAGACACUGCAACGGGAUCGUGAGCUGCUAGCUGGGCAGACAUCCCAAAACAGUGGCUCUGAACAGGAAGAGAACAGCUAUCACUUUACCAAUGCCAUUGCUGAGGCACGAAGUAAGCUUCUAGCGGAGCUUAAUGGAUGGCCGGAUAAGGAUGAGAAGGAACAAAGCCUGAUUAGUGCCGGGAAUUCCUGCUCUAUGGGCAAGCUAGGGCUGUCCGAGCUGCCAAGCUUGCCGAUAGAGCAGCAGCACUCCGGCUUAAUAAAGAAGUUUAAGCUGCCCGAAUUGCCAGAGUUGCCAAUAGAGCAGCGGAAACGCGUGGAUCGAAUAGAAGCAAGCUUUGGAAGUACUGUGGUAUCUACUAAUGUCAGACCACAUCUUCUCACCCCAUUAGAGAUGAGCACCGCUACAACGCCGACAAGCAGCGACCAUGAUAUAAGUCGCCUGAUGCAGCGCAUCCAGUUUGCUAUCAAUCGGUGUAGGCCGCCCGAGCAAAUCAGUGAUAUGCCCUCUGCAAUAGAUCCUAGUGACGUAAGCUUCAGUCUUUCGAGCAAUGGCGGCGACGGCGGUGGCACUUGCAGCGAUUCACUGGACAUUUUGGAUGCAACACGUCCGCGGCAUUCGGAGAAGAGCAGCGGAGAUGUGGCUCAACUGUCAGCGCCAGAAACUACAUCCAUCAGCAGCAAAUUGCAACGCUCCAUGGCCAAAAUGCAAGUGCUGUUCUCUAGCCCAGACCCGAUAGAGAAGCAACCGAUUACAAAAGCGCCACGCCCUGCCAGUGCCCCAUCGGGCAAAAUGGAAAUUAUGCGACUGGAAAGACGACCCCACACGGCGCCAGCAAUGAUUAGCACAAGCUUAAUCGCAUCUACUUCACCAAUAUGCCAAAAGUCACCGAAUUUCGCUACGCGGGAAAUUUACCCGACUGUCGGCGACAUAAAUGGAAGCAGUCCUAGCCAUAGCAGCAAAUCGAACUGCCAAGGAAGCCCAUCGAGCCGUGAGUUGCGUGCUUCCUACGCACGCCUGCUGAGCACCUCUGUAAUCAACACUGAGCCGCCACAACCGUUGGUGUCCAGUCUCAGCCCUCCGACUAGCCCGGAAGGGUCUUAUAGUAGUCAAGAUUUCUGGAAGCGACUUAGAAUGUGACAUCGCUUGCACACAAUAAAGAACCAUAUUAUAUUUUCUAA